AUGCCCCCCAAACGCAAGCGCUCCGGCAACGAGGAGACCAGCAACCCAGAAAAUGACGCUCGCAAGCGCUACGCAUACCUGAAACCGACUGUGCGCCGCAUCCCUGAGAAAACCAUCAAGACGAAAUGGACCACUCUGCCGGAGCCUGUCCAGGAUAAGGUCCGGGACUUGUUCCACUCGCUCGAGCGCCCAGUGAUAGUGCGCCAACAGAAUGAGCGAAAGCGCAUCGAGGCGCAGAGUGCGGUUCGCGCUGUGGUGAACAAUCUUGGGAGACGCCUCCCUCGAAUGCCAUUCCCGCCCAUCACAAAGGACUCUAACUUUGACUACGAGUCUGCGCUCGACGAACAUCGUACCCUAGAAGCGAAUUUGGCCACGAUAAAUGAUAGCGCCGAUCUCCUGAGUGCGGAAAUUGCGAAAGAGGAGGCACUACUCGCCGAGGAGAAACAGUCACUGCAAGAAAUGGAAAGGAAUGCGAAGCGAGCGGAGACCGAGAGGAAGAGGCAGAUGAAAAAUGAACAUCCCGUCUUGCGCCGGCUUGACGACCUGCCUCAAGCCCAUCGCCAAGGAGGCGCUGAGUUUACACUUGUGAACACCAAGAAGAGUCAAAUAACCUUGGAUGAGCUGGACGACGACCCAGAGAUUCGGGGCCUGAUGAAGCAGCUGCAUGGCCACCUUCAAUCCAUGCAGAGUAAUACUGCAACGCUGGCGGGACUCGGAGAAGCAAUCACCCGGUCGCAAGCCGCAUUAGACUUGUACACUACCCCGAACGAUUGA